AAAAAAAAAAAAGAACAAAAGAGGAAAAAGCUACCGAAACCAAAACACUUCAUUUGAAACCUUUUGAGUCCAGAAGUUCCCCCUCGCCUCCCUCACGUCGCCGUCACCUCCCUCUCUCCCUCACGUCGCCGAACCCUAUUUCUGGCGGAAAUCUGGUUCACUCCCGGCUCCCCUCCCUAUCACGUCCCUUCCUCCCUCCCCUCCAAGCGGCAGAGCCCCCUUUUGAAAAUCCAAGCAGCCAGACCUCGGAACCCACCGGCUGAAGCAACCAUUCCUCCUUCCCACUCCGUCCAAGCAACCGGUGAUCGUUCCCGAGCAUUUGAAAAUCCACGCCGCAGCUUGAAUCCCGAUAACACUCCAUCCCUGCCAUCUGAGUUGACAUUGGGUUGUGGUUGUGGUUUCAAUAUAAACGUUUAUACGAUGGAAAUAGAUAGAGUGGAUGGCCGUACAGAAAAUCAGUUGAGACCACUUGCUUGCUCCCGCAACAUCCUCAACCGCGCUCAUGGUUCUGCCAGUUGGUCUCAAGGGGACACCAAAGUUCUUGCUGCGGUUUAUGGGCCAAAAGCAGGAGUAAAGAAGAACGAAAACCCUGAGAAGGCUUGUGUUGAAGUUAUUUGGAAACCCAAGACUGGGCAGAUUGGAAAACUUGAAAAGGAGUAUGAGAUGAUUGUGAAGAGGACUUUGCAAAGCAUUUGUAUUUUGACUAUUAAUCCAAAUACCACAACAUCAGUCAUAGUUCAGGUUGUCAAUGAUGAUGGUUCUCUUCUCCCAUGUGCCAUUAAUGCUGCAUGUGCUGCCCUUAUUGACGCUGGAAUUCCUCUAAAGCAUCUUGCUGUUGCAAUAUGUUGUUGUUUGGCAGAUAGCGGAUAUGUUAUACUGGACCCCACCAAGCUUGAAGAACAGAAAAUGAAAGCAUUUGCUUAUUUGGUUUUUCCAAACUUGAUCCUCUCAGUCCUCCCAGAAGGAUCAUUAAAGGUGGUAGGAGAACCAAUGGAACAUGCAAUUAUAACGUCUGUUACCCAGGGUGCAAUGUCAGUGGAUGAUUAUCUUCACUGUCUUGACCGAGGACGUGCCGCAACUGCUAAGAUGUCUGCUUUUCUCAGGAAGACCUUGCAACCGCAAAUCUCUAGUGACUCAUCCAAAGCUGGGUGAUCUCAGUUUUUGUUCAGUCCAAACACAUCUCAAUAGUGGAAGUUGUACUGGUGAUAUUUCCUUAGGUCAUCCCGUUUCAAAGAUGUUCAUGUAGUAUUUGGGUGGUACCAUAACCCCACUGCAUGUUGUAGUCUAAAAAUCCCACCUGUGUAGUCUUAUGCUUUUGAUUUGUUGAUUUAUUUUCCUAGGUCAUUAAGAGUUAGGGGUAUGCAGCGCAGCAUAUGGCUUUCUGAAAGCUAUACAUCUUUGCUCUUGUAGGUUUAGGAUAUUCAGGCUCUAUUAUUUCUGUCCUGACCAGGAUAUAUCCUGGAUAGCUGCUACCCUGAAAACGAAUACGCUGACUCUCUAUUUAUAGGCUUAGGUGGUAAUUUAGCUUCAA